AUGCCCCGAGCGGGGAGCCGUCGGCCGUUACUCGGCUUCCCCGCCUCUUCGCGUGGUCCGGCUGAGCUGUUGUUUCUCUCUUCAGUCAGAAUCAUAACUGAACUCUGUGAAGAGAUGCCCUGGAAAGUCCUCUUUUUUGUAACCGGCUCUUUGGCAAUACCAGCUCCUUCCAUUUCCCAGACCCCUCCGUACCCUAGCAACCCCGGGGAUCCCAUCCACCUUCAAUGUGUGGCCCCCCCUGGCUUCCAGGAGGCUGAGUUCUCACUCUUCCAUGGAGAUGAGGUGGUACAGACACUGCAGGCACAAGCAGCCCAGCAGGGAGUGGUUUUCACAGUGACCAACGUGAGCGAAGGCCUUAUAGCACAGUACCGAUGUCAGUACAGUGUGAUGGGUGAGGUUGCCAAGCAGUUCUCAGACUUGAGCAAGCCGGUGAAUGUGACCUUUCCAGUUAACGGGCUGCCAACCACAACCCUACCAACUCCUCCAAGUAGAGUGGAUCCACGGGGAAAGAAAGUGGCUUCUUGGAUCACACCACUCUCCCUGGGCCUGGCUGGAGCAUUCAUCCUCAUUGUGGUGCUGGUUGUGGGCAUUCUAAUGAUUAGACGAGUCACCAAACUUCAGAAAAAAAGAGAGCAAGAAUCCUGCUGGACCAAGAUAAACUAUACUACUUCAGAUAUGUCUUUUGAUAACUCCCUGUUCUCCAUUUCAAUGAAAAUGACCCCAGAAGACAUGGAUACUCAUGGCACAUUUACCAGCUCAACUGUGGCUCCAGAAUCCUUUGUACCCAGAAAGAGACCCACAUCUACUUCUUCCAUUCCUGAGCUACCCGAAUUCAGCACCUUCAGGUCCUUCGAAUGAACCUAUCCCCUGGCUCCAGAACCCUUGUAUCCGGGAAGAAGCCCUCAGCUACUUAUUCCAUUCCUGGACUCCCUGAAUUCAGCACCUUCAGUUCUUUUUAUUGAACCUGUCCCCUGCUGUGAGACUAAGAGGUUGCAUUUUUCCUUCCCCUUCUUUUGCAUUCUUCCCCAGACUUGUCAGUUUCCAGGCUGGGUUCUGAAGAAGUCUGGGAAGGCCUGGCUCCUGUAUGUCUGACUCACCACCCCUUCAUCUUUCAUCCAGGGCCCCUAUGGGGGAAUACAACUACAGCCUCCCAAGAGA